CUACUGCUAGAUAACCACCGAUGAACAGGGAAAUUCCUUCUCUCACUACUAAUUCCCCGUCCCGAUUACUAUCUCUCUCUAGCUCUCCAUUUUCAGACCUCGAGCAGACCAUUGUUCAAGGCAGCAAUUUGAACUGAAAAAUAAUGGGGCCCUGUAAAAAGUUGAAGCUGAAAGAAUAGUUGUUACAUUUUGUGUUUUGGGAUUUCAAAUUUCUAAUUUGAAUUGGUUAUUGAUGAAGUGAAGCUAUUUAGGUCCCAGCCACUAGGCAGCAGAACCUUGAAUGGUGGUGCCGUCUUCGGUGGCUGGAGAGAUGGAACAUUCUUCUUCAAGUUCGGGAAUCUAUUUUCAAACAUUUGGGCAGUCUCAGGUAGCAGGGAAUGCUCUAUUCAGUUCAAAAUUUGGGAACUCAUCUAAAUUAAUACAUGGAAAUGCGUGUUCCAACGGUGAUCUAGCAUCUGGGGAUGUCAGCAACACCGUUUCGAACAGCGUGGCAAGCUCCACUCCAAGUAUUAGGGCAAGUUCUUUGGUCACUGAUGCCAACUCAGGGCUUUCGGGAGGUCCCCACUUACGUAGAAAUUCUAGCUUUAAUACAGAAUCUCAUAUGCGCUUGCCUGCAUCACCAUUGUCAUUCUCAUCUAACAAUAUUAGCGUUUCUGGCUCAUCUGUCAUGGAUGGAUCCUCUAUUGCACAACAAAGCUUCAAUCAAGACCCAAGCUCUCAACAGACCCAGAGAAGUCAGCAACAUCACGGAGCUUCCAGUGCCACUUCUUUGCCUAUAUCACGGAUGGAGCAUGUUCAGCUUCUUGGUGAUCCAAUGGCUCCUAGUUCAUAUAUUCACGAUUCCAGUUGUAUGUCUCAGUUACAAAAGAAGCCUCGGUUAGAUAUCAAGCAGGAUGAUAUAUUACAACAGCAGGUUCUUCAACAACUGCUUCAGAGAAAAGAUCCCAUGCACCUACCAAACCCCAAUCCUCAUAUGCAAACUUUGAUUCAACAGCAGAGGCUCAGGCAACAGCAGCAACAGCUCCUACAGUCCAUGCCUCCAAUGCAGCGGGUUCAAUUGCUGCAGCAACAACAGCAGGAGCAGCAGCGGCAGUUGCAGUUAAGACAGCAGCUUCAACAACAGGGCGUACAGCCUGCAUCUACAUUGAAUCGCCACUACGAUGGUGGUGUAUGCUCUCGGCGGCUAAUGCAGUACUUGUAUCAUCAGAGACAACGACCUUGUGAUAACCCUAUUGCCUACUGGAAAAAGUUUGUGGCUGAGUAUUACUCCCAACGUGCGAAGAAGAGGUGGUGUCUGUCCUUGUAUGAUAAUGUGGUGCAUCAUUCACUUGGAGAAUUUCCCCAGGCAGCUAAGGAUGCAUGGAAGUGUGAUAUUUGUGGUUCAAAAUCUGGGAGGGGAUUUGGUGAGUUGUAUGUUUUGAAGUUCGAUGUUUUUGAAUAUCAUAUUAUUUUCUAUUUGCAGGUACCAAGACAGGUGCUGAUUACUUCUGUGUUAGAUUAAAAGGUUAUGCCCUUGUUUGGUGCCAAAUAAAAUCUAGAUUUUAAUUUAAGUCAGUGUCAACAAUUAAUUUCAACCACAUAUUUUAUGAGUCUCACAAUUUUUCAACAACAUAUUUCAUCAACUUCUAUCAAAAUUUACUAAAAAUUUGAUUUUAAUCCCUAUUAAACAGACACUAUAUAUAGUCAUAGUGCUAUCACUAUCAGUUCUAGGUUCUUUAGUUACCAUAUAAGUAGUAAGCUAAAAUAAGCCCUUGUUUGAGCCACAUUAUUUUCCUUAAAAUGUAUUUUUGAAUAGUGUAUUGAUGAA